CAAACCGGUGGGCAUGGGUGUGGUGGCUGGUCUCCAUAAGCGUACCAAUUUCGAUGAAAAGACCCAAUCUCGUGUGGUCGAUUAUGGUGUAGUCCACGAACAAUAUACCGGUGGUGUUGGUCCCUAUGAUAUUGCUAUGUUGCAUGUGUCGGAACCUUUCGAAUUCAAUGAAUGGGUGAAACCUGUUGCAUUGCCUGCCUAUGAACAGAUUCAUGAUGGUGAGACGCAUUUGUAUGGUUGGGGACAGCCUAAGGCUUUUGUCUUCUCUGCUGCCAGUACUUUGCAAACGGUUACUACCCAGAUUGUUGAAUUCAACAAGUGCAAGGAAGUUUUGCCGGCGGAUGCUCCUCUGCAUGAAACCAAUGUCUGUUCGGAUUCUUUGCAACAAAGCAUUUCGGCUUGUAAUGGUGAUUCUGGUGGUCCAUUGGUUAAGGAAUUCGCCACCAAGGGUGAUGCUGAGUUGAUUGGUAUUGUAUCGUGGGGUUAUAUCCCCUGCGGUAUGGCCCAAAUGCCUUCGAUUUAUACUCGUGUCUCCGCCUAUAUUCCAUGGAUUGCUAAUGUCCAGAAUAAUUAUUAUAAAUCGAUGUAAAGG